CUCCGCUGUUGGCAGUUCUCUGAAAUUGUCUUUGUAAUUAUUUUUCUUCCAAACCAAAAAAGCGGUCUCCAAUUUAACUACCUUGCUUCCGCACAGCCUAUAUUAUCAGAAAUUCACAGCAUGGCUUCUAUGAGCGCCCAGGAGCAGGACUACCAGCAGCGUGUGUUUGCUGACAAGUGCCGGCGCCUGCACUCGCAUUUACUGGGCACUAAGAAUCUGCUCGACAGCAUUCGUGACUACAACAGGACAAAGUGGCCAGUGCACUACCCCCUGGCCAAGAUAGCACGGGCAGCCGAGGCUCAGAGCGGCAUGGGCAUGCCCUCCGGUCUGCGUCGCUCCAACUCCAUCAGCCACUCAAUGUCGACCGACUCUGGCUUGGCGCCUUCACCGAUGCGCCGCGCCAUGACCACUGAGGACUCGAGCGCGUUCAGCAGCCGGAUGACCAGCAGCGACGAUGAUUUGCAGCCAGAGCGCCUUCUGGACCCUAACGACCUCAGUGUUUUGCGGCUGGACCUGCGUCUUUCGUACCACGCCGACUCGGAUGUGAUGGGCUCGCUGGAGGAAUCGAGCAUUUCGCGGUUAUUCGACGAGCGCCUGUCGCAGUGCGAGGUGCAUAUCGAUAAGCUGAUUGCCCGUGUCACCGACAAGUCGUCGAAGAUUCUGGUCACGGGUGACCUAAAUGCAGGAAAGAGCACACUGGUCAAUGCGCUUCUGCGUCGCGAGAUCCUGCCGUUCGACCAGCAGCCGUGCACGAUGUUGUUCUGCGAGGUCGUUGAUGCGUCACAGAAUGGGGGCUGCGAGGAGAUCCAUGCAGUGCCUGAUAUUGCCAAGUACGACCACGCGGACCCAUCGACGUACGUUACCGUAAGCAUGGGCGAUCUCGAGGAUAUCGUUAUGGAUAACGAGGAGCAAUACCAGCAGCUGAAAAUCUAUUCGCAGGACAAGCGCAGUGACAAGGAGAGUUUGUUGCACAACGGCGUUGUGGACGUGUCGCUGAUUGACUCCCCGGGACUCAACCGCGAUUCGCUCAAGACAACGCAGUUGUUUGCGCGCCAAGAGGAGAUCGAUGUGGUUGUGUUUGUGGUCAAUGCGGAGAACCACUUUACGCUGUCGGGCCAAGACUUUCUGCUGAACGCGGGCAACGAGAAGGCCCACAUCUUUAUUGUUGUCAACCGCUUUGAUGCCAUCCGCCGCAAGGACCGCUGCGAGCGCAUGAUCCUGGACCAGAUCAAGGAUCUGUCGCCGCUGACAUACGAGGAGCGCCAGGACCUGGUGCAUUUUCCUGCCGAGGCUAGCGGCAGUGCCCAGCUGCCCGAGCCGUUUGCGCGCAUGGAAGAGAGCCUGCGCUCGUUCACACUUGAGCAGCGCUUCAAGUCAAAGCUGGCCCCUGCCCAGCGCUAUGCCAUGAACGUCCUCUACGACGUGCAGUAUCUGGCAGCCGAGAACGUGGCCUCUGCCACCAAGCGCAUCCAGGAGAUCAACGCCAUUCUGCGCGAGAGCAUGCCCAAGUACGAGACUCUUCUGACUGAGCGCACCGAGAACUCGCGCAUGUCCGAGUCAAUCCUGGACGACAGCUGCAAGGAGGUGCGUGAGCACACCACCACGCAUCUCACUAACACCGCCACGCAUCUGGAGGAUUAUGCCGAGGAUGUGCUGCUGGCCAUCGUGCACCAUCUCGAGCAUGAGGUCAAGGAGCUCGUCAACGACCUGGCCCAGAUCGAGCAGCACCGCCGUGCUCUGGAGCCCCUGGCGCCGUCCGACAGCAGCAGCGGCGCGCUGGCUUUGCCGUCUGGUGGCAGCGACGGGCUGUGGGACGACGGCAUGGCCUCAAGCAUCACCGCCAGCCAGCUGGCUUCAAUCGGCAGCAUCUCCAAUGCCCUGGACACGGUGCAGCUGGAGCUGGGCGACUUUGUCGACCUGGACCUGAGCCACAACUGGGGCACUCUGACCUCGCUGUCGGCUUCGGCGUCAAUGGCUCUCUUCGCCAGCCGGUCGAUGGCCAGUAACCUGCUGACGCUAAUGCGGUUGUCAUCGUCCAUUGGCCCGACGACUGCGCGUCGCCUCAUGGUGUCCGCGGCCAUGCUGGUGGGCGUCAGCUCUGUCUUUUACAUGGUGUCCGACAUGGACGCGACAGUCCGGCGCAAGCUCUCUGCACGCCGCCUGUACACCGAGGCGUCGCGGGCGAUCCGGCCGUUUGUGUGGCAGCUGCAGCACAACUUUGAGCGCAUGGUGGAGGCCGAGGAGAGGCGCCGGGCAGACCAUCUGCGCAAGCGCCAUGUGGCCCAGGACUCGCAGAUUUACUUUGACGAGCUGCGCAACAAGGCCCAGGACCUGGCGAAUGCGGUCAGGGCCGUCAGCGCCGAUGUGUGUAUCUAAGGGGCAGUGGGGCUUCUUUCCUUUUCCUUUAAUAUCUUCUCCAUAUCUGCUUCCUUCUUAGUCUUUAAAUGUUGUCCAUUUUUGUUUAGCUUCCAUUUCAACAGCUCCAUUUCAACAGCUC